GCCUAGUGGUGACGCACAUUUUCAAAACAGCUGUACGAAGGUCUAAUACACACCAACAUGAAGAACAAUAUUAGACCUUUCAAACAUAGGACAGAGAGCUCAGAAUCACUUACCAUAGAUGAGCAAUCAAUCCUUGAACAUGGGGCAUUUGGGGCCCUAUGGUGACGCAGUGAGCUGGCCAUAUGGUGACGCGCGUCACCACUAGGCCAUGCGCACUGCGUCACCAUAGGGCACCACUUUAGAAAUGAUUAUUUCAUGUCUAGUUUUCUUUACAGAUUAUAAAUUAAGUGUUAACAGGAACAAAAAGUAAAUAUUAUUAAAAGGAAAUUACCCAAGUUCAGUUAAAAUGGAUAAAAAUACUGUUAAAAGUCGGCUCUUCCCAAGAAGCCAAUAUACUCAGAAAGACAUAGAUGAUGCUUUGGAAGAAAUUAACACGUAUGGGCUGUCAAUAAGGGCUACUGCAAAGAAAUAUAAUAUCCCAGAGGCCACACUUCGGCACAAACAUACUGGCCGGACUCCUGUCAGCAAGAAAAUGGGGCCUAAAUCUCUAUUGACAGAAGCUGAAGAGGCAGUGCUAAUGGCUUACAUCAAAGGAUCUUUAAGGAGAGCACAACCCGUCACUAGACAAAAUGUUCUUGAUGCGGUAACUAGCAUUCUGGAGAAUGAGGAGGAAGAAGGAACGCACAGGAGAAGGCCUUCCUCAUUUGAUGCUGCUCCAAAGAGGAAAUGGUGGCGGCUUUUCCGGAAAAGAGACCCUGAAGUUGCCAUCCACCCUGAAACCUUGACCACCUCUCGCCAUAACAUCAGUGAGACAGUGAUCAGGCAAUGGUUUGCUGAAGCAAAUACUUAUUUUUCUGAGGAAGAGUUAUUAGAAGCAUUACAUGAUCCUUCACGCAAUUUUAAUAUUGAUGAAUCAGGGUUUUCCCUGUCACCAAAACAUGGAAAGUUUGGCUAUCAAGGGGAAAAAAAUGUUUUCGAAGUUAGUGGUCCUAAUUACAAGGCCAACAUAUCUGUGCUAGCAACUGUAAGUGCAGAUGGGAGAGUUCCGCCUCCCAUGAUAAUUUAUCCAAGAAAACGGAUAAGUUAUCAAAUGGCGGAACAGUUUCCAGAAGACCUGCUAUGUGCUGUGGGGAAGAGCGAAAAGGGGUACAUAAACUUUGAAAACUUGUAUGAAUAUCUGUGCAACACGUUCAAUGAUUGGCUAACUGAAAAUGAUGUCCAACGGCCAGUCAUUGUGUGGACGGAUUGGCAUGAAACCCGAAACAAUUUCUAUUUGGCCUCUUCCCUAAAGAGUAUGAACAUUAUCCUGUACGGACUACCACCUAAUACCACCCACAUCAUGCAACCCUUGGAUGUGGCUGUGUUUGGCCCACUUAAAAAGAACUGGACCAAAGGGGCCAAGGAGUUCGAAAGGAAAAACCCAGAUGACAUGAUAACGCAAGUGAAUUUUGCUAAAGUGUUUCUGCCCAUCUACUAUGACUCUGUAUCAGCAGCAAAUAUAAAGUCAGGCUUUUCAAAGUGUGGACUAGUUCCCUUUGAUGCAGAUAAACCUGACUACAGCAAACUUCGUAGUGCAGCUGCUGUGCAUGAGGAACCUUCAACAUUAUUUGAAGCCAUAGACCUCGGUGGAUUCACAGAGCAGUCAUGUCAGACUGAUUUUCAUAUGACAACACAUCGAGGUGCCCAAACUUCAGGUCGCAUGUUUGAGACUGCAUGCAUCAGCUACCUCAUACAGUGUGGAUACUCUAUUCUGCCACCUGAAAGCACUACAUCACAGAUGGAGAAACUAAAAGGUCCCAAGAAAUCUUGGGAUGAUCUCGUGCUUGAUCAACAUCCUGCACGAGAGUUCAUUGCUUCAAGAUCCAUACCCAGCCCAAAUCCUUCUGUUUCGAGGUCAUCAUCUCGAGGGUCAUCCAGGACAAACACACCAUUGCCAUUCUUGUCUUCUCCACCAUCAACUUCAUAUGCUACACCUGAACCGCAAGUGACACCUGUGCUUCAAAGGGUGGGCCCCAACAAAAACUACCCCAUCAACAUUGAGUAG